GACUCAGUAGUUUUUCACUCAUGAGAGUUCUAGGGAUGGUCUUGUAGAAAUCCAAGAACAGCUCAGAAAAGAGCUGAGCUGCCAGGUUAGGUGCAUGAAGCCAAGGGAGCUGGAAAGCAUUGCAGGAAACCCUCCCACCAUGGAAACAUUUGCAGUGGUCAACCUCUUGCUGAGAUUCUCAUGCUUGAAGGCUCACAAAACAUUUGGAACAAGAAGGGAGGUUUCCUUGUUUGUUUUUCCUUGUACUUUAAAUCCUCUCUGGACUCCACUUGUGCUCUCAGAACCUCAGUGCUCUGAUAGCAGGAGAAACUCCAGACAGCCACGUAGCUGCAAGGGAGAAGCUGCUUUGUGCACAGGGAAGAACACCGUGUCUCCCAAACCCUUGCUCUUUCAAGUCAUGUGAAUGGUGGUUCAUAUGUUUCUUACCCCUGUCUCCCACAUCAAGUCCCUCCUUGCAGCUCCUUCCUCCUGUGCUGGAAGACCUGUGCUGUACAGGUUAAAAAAUCCUGGUUUUAUUAAGGGAGGGAACAUGUACCAGUGCCAAAAGGCAGCAAAGGGAUGGAUUCAUUGUUCAGAGAGUCAGGGAAGGUGGGGAAACUGCUCCUGAAUGUAUCCAGCCCAGAAGGAGCUGUUGCUGGGGGAGGCAGGGAAGAAAUUAAGAGUUCUUAGACUCUGCUGAGUUUCAUACCAGCAUGAGGUUUGUGUGCCAACAGGCGAGUAUGGCCAGCACAUUGCCCCUUUCAUUAGCUGGGGUACCUGUAUUUCUCAUGAAAGGAAGGCAUGUCAUGCUGAGCACUCUCAUUGCUGCCGUUAUGUCUGGGGUGUUCUGACACUUGAGCCUUGUCUGCGUGCGCUCAGCAUGCAGCCACCAUCUGCAGCACAGAGGGAAGGUGCGGGGGGAAGGCUUGGGACAAGAUUCACCAUUUUCUCUUGCUGUCGUGGCUUCCCUGCUAUUGUCUGAGACACCCUUGCCAUCAGGAACAAUGGCUGAACCUGUACUUUGUUGUUGCCCUGGGGCAGGGUAGCUGAUAUGGUGCCUAUGUGGAUGCGAGGAAAGGUGUCCUACAUCCCAACUAAUCUUCAGGAGCUGAUUGCUCUUAACUGCAACAACUUGUUUUUGUGGUAUUUCUCUUCCUCCACUAUCAGCCAGGUCUGAAUGUACUCAAAAUGUUGCUAGGCAAAUACUCAGCCUUGUUUGUUGCUCUGACUUCACAUAUGUGCGUCAACUCUGCUCCUCAGUAUCCUGUGGCCUGGGAUGACUCUCCAGGAUGGAGAUGAAAGGAUGGGGCACUGGAAAGGAUGACUCCUUUCCAGUGCCCCAGCAGCACACCACUGCCCAUCUGUUCUUCUACCCUUUCUUGUUAGCAGGGCCAGGCUGUACUGUCCAACCAGGCUCUGGUGAAGCUCCACAGCUGUGUGGUUGACAACUGGCUGAAAUGUCAGAGUACCUUGUGCAGAUGACACAAGAUGACACUUCAUGCUCUUUGCUGGCGUGCUCGAUCAGCUGCAAGAUAGAUAAAGGUUAAUGUUUGUGUUGGCACUACUGGGCCAGCAUUUGCCCUGCUCAGAUUAACCCGGUAUUUCCCGCUGCUUUCCUAGCUGCCCUUUCAGGCUCCUUGCAGUUUCAGUGGUUAUCGUCACAGUGAUUUAUCAUCACUGCCCAGUGGGAAUGUUCCCUUUGCAACCACACAGCUAAGAUGCUGUUUUUAGUGGGAACUUGUCCUGGACCAGAAGAUGGUGGCCAGCAGCAGGAAGCACUGCAGGCUGGCAGGUUGUGUAUUUUGACUCCCCAGCUAUGAGAUGGCCCUUCAUCUUGUACCUUUUCUUUAUUAUUGAAUGCUUUCAAUUUAUCCCCUGUUCUCUAAGAAUAUAGACGUGUAGAGAUGGUAUGCUUUUGGGGGUUUUCUUAGUAUGAAAGGUAAAAUGCUGUAUUUCUAAGAGGAGUAAUGAUUUAGCAGAAGCCAUUUGCAUUUUCCCAGGACUUGGAACCUUUGACAUUAAUUAGUCUUUUCUAGCAGUGGCAUUUAACACACAGUAUACUUGUGACAUCAUUUGUUUUCUGGCUCAGUGAUCUGACAGUUCAAUGUUUUUGUGAGCUUGUUGGACUCUUCCUUCAAGAGCCCAGCUUUAGGACAGGGUUCUUCAGCCUCCUCUAACCCUUGUGGAGCUUUUCCUAUGCAGCAUCUUGUCUGGUCUGCACUGAGAAUGUGAGGUCUCAAAAUCCUGAGGAAACAGGUAAUUUAUUCUGGCACUUGCAGAGCCAUCUCGGGUGGCUUACUGCCGUCACUGCAGUCAGUGCUGUCACUCUAGCUCUAUAGGAGAAAGGCCCCUGGGAGACAAGCUGGGGUUGAUAAUGUACCAUUGUGCCUUUGAAUUUGUCUCCUCCCAGGGAUUAUUUUCAGUACUCCUUUAUGCCUACACUGAGUCAAUAUUUUCUUGGGUUGUGUUAGAGGCUUUUGUCUUCUCUCUUGAUUACAAGAAAUAAGUCUGAUGUACAGAACCAGAACUUGUAACAAGAUCAGCACAAUUGUUAUUUUUGUGCAGACUGCAAUGGUUUCAGUAAUAUUUGUGCUUCUGUAUUGCUUGCAUCCUUAUGAAAACCUUAACUUUCCUGAUUUCUGUUGUGCUGCUUGAGACCUCAUUUGCCCCUUCUUGCUUUGUUUCCUAUGUGCUGCCUACAUCCUGGGGCCAAAUUAAGCAGUGUCUGAACGAGAAAGAGAAUCUGUGCAUCCUGAACGCAAUUGACAAAGAUGAUAUGUCUUCCGAUCUGUUAUUAACAACUUUGUCUGGUUUAGCUGUCUUAAUUAGCCUCAAAUUAAAUUCGUACUUUGCAGUGUCUAGACUGCGUCUGCCUAUGGAAAUAGCAGGUGGCUGCGUGGCAUCCAGAGUCUCAGUGGAAGUGGCCAAGAGCAAGAGGAUGGCAGAGCAUCGCUGAGGCCCUCCCAGGCAAAGUUACACUCAGAAGGAGCUGUGCUGAAUGGUGAGGGAAAGUGUCCGGGUCCCGGUGGUUCCCUCGCUGGCACGGCUCUGCGGUGCUGCUUCGCUCGUAAAAUCAGGUCGACGGGAAAUGUCAACCGUGAAUGAGCCGAACUUUCUGCUCUGCCCUGCGGACCCGGGGUUGUUUGACUUGGAUCCUGACCUGUUGCCCCUUUUCCAGUACAACUGCAAGCAGUUUGCCAGCCCUCAGGAGUGCCUCUCUGCCCCUGAGUUCCUGGAUCACAUCAGGAAGGUGAUGCUGGUGAUUGAUGCUGCUGUGAGCCACCUGGAGAACUUGUCUUGCCUGGAAGAGUAUCUCUGCAACCUUGGCAAGAAGCACCAGGCAGUUGGUGUGAAGACCGAGUCUUUCUCGACUGUUGGCGAGUCCUUGCUGUACAUGCUGGAGAAAUGCCUUGGCACUGCCUUCAGCCCAGAGGUGCAGGAGGCUUGGAGCAAACUCUACAGUGCUGUGGUGAAAGCCAUGCAGCGUGGCUGGGACACCCACCCAGAAGGGGACUAGAUCUUGCCAGCCAUCCCCGUCCCUGACCAUGCAGCAGUCCUGAGCACAGGGAGCACUCACGCCACACUCUCUGCCUCUCCCCACUGUCUCUCUCUGUGCACCAGCCCAUUGCUGUCUCCACUAGUCACAUGUGCUUUGGGGCUCUCACAGUGAUUCAACCUUGCUUCAACACAUCUCUGCCUUUGCUAAGGGCUGGCAGGAUACGUCCCUGAAGUGAAGCCUGGAUGUGCAGCAGCACAGGUAUGCCACCCUGCCCCAAGUUCCUCUGGGCUAGUUGGAGCACCAACACCCACCCCUACUCUGGUUUUUAGCUGGCUCAUCUUCCUUCCUCUGACUACCCACCCUAGUUAGGUGACAGCUGGCAUAGGCCUCUUGGGCUUAUUUGCCUGAGGUCCUAUUUGCUGUGCCUGUACUUGCCAGGUCUGGCACCGCUCGCUCCUCCUGCGCUGCUGUGUCUGGUCCAGCUGUGGCAAUGAUGGAUUUGGCUGCCUCCAGGGGCAGGGGC